AUGGAUAGAUUCUUGCAACGACUUCAAACAGUCGUUGAUCUUAAUGAAGAUGAUGAGAGUUCACAAGAUAGUCUAGACAAGAAUGAGUACGAGUUACCAACAGACACAAAGGAGUUGAAGCGGAGUUUACGAAAUGCCAUGAAACGAUUAAAUGAGUCAUCUGAAAAGUGGGAGGAACUGCAUAGUGAGAGCUGCAAGAUAGAGGCAGAAUUAUCUGCGUUACGUCUAAAGUUUAAGACAUCACGUGAAAAUUGGUUAUUAGUACAUCAAUUUGACCAACGAACAAUUGAAGCACUUCUUGAGGAGCGUUUCAGUACAGGAAAUGGUGGUAUAUCUACAGCUGCAGAUCGUGAAGUGGGAAACAGUCUCUCUACUGUAAACAGUAAUCACAGUAACAAUAGUUGUGAUAUAACGUAUGUGAAUUCUUUGCGUGAACAAAACCAAACAUUAAAAGAUCUUCUUCGCAAGUAUAGUGAAGAACGUGACAAAUACAAAUUAGAAUUUGAACGUCUCCGUGAAAAAAAAGAUGCUAAUACGGGAAAGAAUGGAGAAAAUCCUGGUAAUGAUGUAUCUGUGAUGAGUACAGAAGAUUCCUUAUCAAAAGAACGACGUUCUCUAGAGGAAAAUAUUUUAAGACUUGAGGCUGAACUCGCGCGGCAGUCGGAGUCCAUGUCAGAGAUGGCCCUACAACACCGUGCACACAAGGAUGCCUGGGAAGAGUCAAAGAACGGCAGUGAGUCAAAACUCCAACACAUUCAACAACUUGAACGGGAAUUAGCGGCCUGGCGAAGCGGUAAAGCGGGAUCAGCGGGAGGUGAGGAAUCCUCUCAAGAUCAUGCAGGAAAUAAAAUAACAGGCGAAACACCGUGUGAGUCUUCUUCACCUCUUACAGGACGUAAUGGUGACAUGAAUGAUAGGGAUGAAGUCGGUUUUGAUACGGCACCAGGUAUGGUGGAGGAUCUUGCCAGACGUUUAGAAGAAACGGAAGCUGAGAAUAAUGCACGCGAAGAAGCAUUAAAUGCAUUAUAUCAAGAUGUUCACUCCCUUCGUGAGAGAAAUAUUCAGUUGGAGCAGCAAUUGGUUGAGGCAGAAGAACAGCUUUGUCAAAUGCGUCAGGAAGUAGUGGUGGUACAGGAUCAGUACCGAUCAGAAUGUGAACGUAAUAAGGAACUUGUUGAGAUGCUUGAACGAGCGCAGCAACAACAACAAAAGUUAGGAAGAGAACUUGCAGGGGCUAAUGAGGAACGAAGGAAACUACGUCUUCAGACAACUGGGAUUUCAUUUACUGUUGAUAAAGUUCCUUCUCCUGCUGUGGUAGAUGUAUCAUCUAGUGCAAGUUCUCCAUUUUCUACAAACAGGAAUAAUAAUGGAGGAGUGCAGUUUGGAAAAGGUUUUAUUUCUAAUGCAGGUAAAACCUUACAUGAUAUUGGAAAAGCUGCUUGGAGUGGAACUAAGUCAACCAGUUCAUUUGAACGAAAUACGACCACUUUCUUUGGUUUGGUACGUGCUAUGGGAAAAAGAAGAUUUAUUAUAGCAGUUAUUGUGGGUUUUAUUGUUAUUAUGACAUUGCUAAUGCAAACAAACCUUGGAGGCACUGAUACUGAAGUUGUCGUGACCAAAAUGCAGGCAGAUCUUGUUGCUUGUCAAGCAAUGUUAAAGGCUGCAAAAAGUGGUCAUAAGGCGAUCUAA